AUGACUUCUGGUUCUGCACACACUAAAUACAAUAGCGUUGUUAAGGCUUUGUUGGCGGCCGGGGCUGAGGUUGACGCACGUGAAAACUACGCUGGAACUUCUGGUUUCUCAUUUCACGGCCGUACAACUUCGCCAGAUGGUGCCGACCCUACUGUGAAAAAUUCACGAGGACAUACACCUCAAAUGUAUUCGAAAUCCAAUGACAUAAAUAUCGCAAUUGAUGCCGCAAUGAAACAGUUCAAUCUAAAAAAGCAAGCCAAGGAUCGUGAAGAACGACAAAGGUAUCCGUUGGAUCAACGACUCCGUGAGAAAAUUGUCGGACAGGAACAGGCGAUUCGCACUGUUAGUGCAGCAAUUAGGAGGAAGGAAAACGGUUGGCAUGACGAAGACCACCCUCUCGUUUUCUUAUUCUUGGGUUCAUCUGGAAUCGGAAAGACCGAACUCGCUAAACAAAUUGCUGCCUACUUGCACAAAGGUGAUUCAAACUCAAGGACGUUCAUUCGGUUUGAUAUGUCUGAGUUCCAAGAAAAACACGAGGUUGCGAAGUUUAUUGGCGCCCCGCCUGGUUAUGUUGGCCACGAAUCUGGUGGUCAGUUGACAAAGGCGCUUAAGGAAUGUUCGAACGCUGUUGUGCUUUUCGACGAAACGGAAAAAGCCCAUCCAGAUGUUCUGACGGCCCUACUCCAGGUCUUUGAUGAAGGCCGACUGACCGAUGGCCAGGGGAAUACGGUGGACUGCAAAAACGCCAUUUUCAUCAUGACUUCAAAUGUGGGAAGUCAAGUCAUCGCAGAGUACGCCCAGUCCCUCCGAUCGACGCCUGGAGAUGGAGAUAAUGAAAUUGAAGUGUCUCGGGAUUUCAAGGAAAAGGUUAUGCGGCCAAUGUUGCGCAAACAUUUCCUUCGAGACGAAUUUCUUGGUCGAAUCAACGAAAUGGUGUACUUUUUGCCCUUCUCAACGUCAGAAUUAACUGAACUGGUGCUGCGAAACCUGAAUGUUUGGAAAGAAAAGGCGAAAUCGAGGCAUUCCAUCUCGCUCUCUUGGGACAGGGAGGUUAUCGACCUCAUAGUUGAUGGCUACGAUGUCUACUAUGGAGCAAGAUCCAUCACCUACGAGGUAAUUUUGCCUUUUUUCCUCUUCUUCUUCUUCUUUAUGCGUCAUAGUUGCACAUGUCACCCGUCUGCCCUGGAUGAGCGAAAGUCCGCUUCAAGUUCAGGCGAGCAGAAAGCCUGUUCGCCCGAUGAACAGCCAGUCCCACCAAGAAUUGUGCUUGAGGUCACUUCGGAAAAGGGAAAAACACAAAUCUUUGACCUGCACAAAACCACCGCUGAAUUGUGGGCCUGA